UGUAUCCAAAACUAAAAUAGUCGAUGGUAGUUUUUAUGAACAGUAUGUUUAUGAAAUGAAACAAAAACGAGGAUCUAGUUUAAUGACUAUUGUUAUUCAAGAGCCCAAAAAUUUAGAAGAAAAUUCUGAAAUGAAUGGUUCAUUUAAAGAAAUGUCAACUACUCUCGCAUCUAUGCAAACAUUAAACUACAUGGUUAAAGCAUUGGGACACGUUUUUAAAUAUUUAACUACACGUGAGCUUUUAUCCGCUUCUAGAGUAUGUACCACCUGGAAUAUAAUUGCAAUGAACAAGUUUUUAUGGCAAAAUUGUCGUUUAAAAAAUUCUAUGGUCUAUGACUGGGAAAGGUUUGUAGACUCGAUUGAUCAACAAAGAACUAAUACGUUAGAUACUAGACGAAUGUUAUUACCUGUACAAAUUGAUGAAUUCAAAAAUUUUUGGUUGCAUUUUUCCAAAGCAAUGAAAAGAGCACAGAAUUUAAAAUUCAUUGAAUUGUAUAGAUGUCCUACCCAUGUAGUUGAAGAUAUUAUUCACUCAUUACCUCAACUUGAAGUACUUAAUGCAACUUCAAUAAAAAAUCCAAAUGUAACAAAAGAGACAAAAAAUCCCCAUGAUCUUAUGGCCCUAAACUUAAAUUAUUUAGGCCAAAUGACAAACCUCACUGAGUUAAGACUAAAAGGUUUAACUGGAAUCAAAUUAACGUCAUUGCCAUCAUUUGAAAAUUUAAUAAAUUUAAAUAAAUUUUCAUUAACCUCUAUAAAUUCAUUUCCAAAAGACAUCUGUCAGAGUUUGGAUACUAUUACUGAUAACAUAAAGUUUUUGGAAAUUGGUGAUUGCGAUGUCUUAUCAAAAGAUUUUGCUGUGUCACUAAAAAGAUUUGUCAAUUUGAAAUCGUUGAGACUGGAAAAUUGUUGCGGUAAAUGGGAAAGUUAUGUACACGACGUUUUUACUGCUAUAAGGGGUCUUGAAAAGCUUACUAUUCUGGAAUUAGUAAACAUAGAAUUCAGUAAUUGUGUUGAAGAUGAAUUGGAAAAAUGUGUUGGCAUUAAAGCUUUAUUGAUUAUUCCUGCUUAUAUGAGCAAAACUGCAAUCACCAACUGCCACUUGAUUGACUGCCUCGAGAAACUCUCCAAGACAUUAACACACUUGGUUUGGGGAUUGACUCGUGAAUUACUCAAUGUUACUGACAUAUUUAUAACUACAUGUCAACAAAACCAGCAUAUUAUUGGUUAUAAUUUAGAAUUAUCCCAUAUCAACGAAAAUACCAACUACAUACCUAUACUAAGGACAAGAAAACCCAGACAGCGACCAGAAGAAGAGUCUGCUCCCAAAAAUGACAAGAAUAAAAACAAAUUAAAUGAAAUUAACUUUCUUUCAGUUCCUGAUCUAGAGAAACUGUUAGAUACAAUGAUGCCAAAUGCUAAAACUAGGGUAAUUAAAGUUCCCUUUUCAAGAACAGUUAGAGUUUAUUUGAGUGAACAGUUUAAUUAUCUUUGAAUUAAAUGUUUAGUAUU